CGCCGACAGCAGCCACUCCUCACGGCAAGACCUCCUCUGCCAGACAUCAUGCAGGCCCUGAUUGUGUGUGCGCUGAUCGUGGCCGCGCGUGCCUCUUACGUGGCACCUGCCGUCGGAGCUCGAUUCAGCUACGGCUUCACUGCCGCCGCGCCCGCCUACGCCAGAUACGGCUCGUACGGCGUCGCUCCCCUGGCUGCCGGCUACGCUGCCCCCGUGGCUGCUGCCUACGCCGCCCCUGUGGCUGCUGCCUACGCCGCCCCCGUGGCUGCUACCUACGCUGCGCCUGCCGCUGCCGCUUACGCCGCGCCUGUGGCCACCGCCUAUGCGGCACCUGUCGCCACCGCCUAUGCCGCGCCUGUGGCUAGCAGCGCGCAGCACCACUCGCAGGACGAGCUGGGUCAGUACAACUACGGCUACGCCGACAUCAACUCGGCCAAGAACGAGGUGAAGACGGCUGACGGCGUGGUGCGCGGCUCCUACAGCUACGUGGACGCCUACGGCCUGCCGCAGAAGGUCGACUACGUCUCUGACGCGCUGGGCUUCCGCGUGGCGGGCACCAACCUGCCGGUGGGCCCGGCCGGCCCGGGUCACGUGGCCGACACGCCCGAGGUGGCCGCCGCCAAGUCGGCCCACUUCGCUGCGCACGCCGAGGCUCUGGCUCGCGCCGCUGUCCACUAAAGUGUCCAAAGCCAAGUUACCGUUCUGGGCCUGCAGAGACGGUGGCCCACCGUGAGGAGAACUGCACCAGCCGAUAGGACUCGAUGUCGAGUCAGUCUCGGUCGCGUUUCAUCGGCGCGGCGGUGCUUCGUCAUUUGUCUGCGUCAUUGUUCUAUAUGUGAUGAGUAUCGACCCCAUCGAUAUGUCCCUGGUUUAUCGUGCUUUGU